UUUAGCCUCGAUAUUAAGUAAUUGACUUUUCAGCCUAAGGAAGUUUUCGAAAAAACCGGCCAGAAUCCUGCGAGGAGAGAGGGCGAAAACAUAGGGAAACGCGGCGCCACAAUUAUUAUGGACUGUUUUUCCGGCGCAAGGCUCGGGAAUCUAGUUUCAAAGGCAACCACCCCAUUUACUCAACCUCGUUCUGCCAUCCGGAAAGUGCAACAGGGAUUCCGAGAACUGAGCGUAAAAAGGUGGAAGACGAAAACAAGGGAAGCAGUUGAAGCGCGACGAUGGCCGGUGACGAGGUUCCGAAACAGAGGCGAGGACAGCAGACAGAGCGGGAGAAAGCAGAUCUGGUGAUACAGAGAAAAUUUGGAAAGAAACAACUGCAAAAUGUAGAAAGCAUGAGAAUUAAUUGCUAUUGCAGUUUGAGUGAGGUAGUGAAGAGGAUAAAACAACAACUAAAAGCUGAAGAAUUGGUUGAAUUCAGGAGAAGUGUAUUUGGUUGGGUAUUGGAUGUGGAAGAGAUGCGCACAAUUAGUGGGCAACUUCAACUUGGAUUUCUGUGCAACUACGUAAAAAAGGUGAAUGGGAGGAAAGAGCUAAAUGCCAUUCAUUUUCAUAUUGAAAACAGCCUAGUUACUUUAAGAAAAAAUGAUAUGUGCAUGGCUUUGGGUCUUAAAUUUGGAGGAGUUAAACCACAUGUAGAAGAGAAUUUUAGGGGGGCGUUGUGGAAAAAGUAUUUUGGAAACACAUCCGGGGUGAGAAGAAGUGAUUGUCAAAAUGCUUUAAUGAAUUACAAUAGUGGAGACCCUGACAAUGACCAAAACGAUGGUGUGAAGCUUGCAUUGCUCCAUGUGCUGUCACAUGGUUUGUUUGGGAACCACACAGCAAGAGAAUUACCAGCAAUGUAUGUGAAUUUGGUUGAAAACUUGGAUGAUUUCAAUGAAUAUCCAUGGGGGGAUGAUGUCUGGGCUGAGUUGGUGGAUAACAUGAGGACCAAUGCCAAGAGUUUAAAGAAAUGUAAAGGGACACGCGUCACACUGACAGGAUGUUUAAUUGCCAUACAAGUUUGGGCAUUUGAAACCUUCACAGGACUGGCCAAGGCAGAUAUAUGCAGUGUGAUUGAAGGGCGAGAGACUCGAAUACCAAGGGCUGUGAAGUGGGAAUUUGUAAAAAAGCCAUCACUGGAAGUUUUGAGCAAAAUCAUUUUCAAGAAUGAAAAGUUUGAGUGGAAAAGGAUGGAGCCUACAAAUGUGGAAGGUGAACAUUUUCCAAUUUUACUGUCCAAGCAAAUGAGAAGUUCUGUGAGGAGGAGUAAUCCUGGAAUUGUUGGGGGAUAUAGGGUUGAUGGGGUGAAGGUAUUUCAGAAAAUAGAGAAGAGGGUAAAGACCAAAAGUGCAGCCACGGUUUUGGAAAAGGCCAAAAACAAAAAGUUGGAAGAAAAAAUGGAAAUUGAGGAUGAAGGGGAGGAGGACGAAGAGGAGGAUGAUAGUGGUGGUAAGGUGGGUUUUGGAACUGCCAGAAAGACAGAUUUGACACUGAGAAAUGUUAGGAAACUUAGCAAGGAGAAUGCCAAGAUUAUGGCAGAAUUAAAAAAAGUUAGGAAAACCCAGAAGAGGCAGGAGUUGUUGCUCAAGCAGUUGUUGGAGGCCAUGAACAGGAAGGAUGAGGCGGAGAGUGAAGGGGUUAGCAAGGAAAGCAAAGAAAAAAACAACACAGAAGAAGGUGAUGAAGAAGCUCAAGGAGAUCAAGAUAAUGAAGGAGAGCAAAACGCAGGUGACGGAGAUGAUGGUGCAGUGAUCAGUAGCAUGCCAAAUUAUAACAUAUUUGGUCCACAAACACAAGAAAAAUUCCAGGAAGCAGAAGUAGAAGAUGGAAGUGAAGAAAAUGUGUUAGAGAGGACUAAAGAAGUAGAAAAGGGCAAAUGUGGGGAGAAGGAAAAAGCUGGGGGGAGCAACAAACAAAAUCAGGAAGAAGGCAUGAGGGGUGUGGAAGAAAGUGUUGGCAGAGGGGUGAACAAUGAGGAGGAAAAUUGGGAAGAUUUGAACACCCAAUUUGUGAAUGAGUUAAUCACAAGCGUGGAUGAAGUGGAGAAACUUGUAUUAGGCGAAAAAACUUCAGAGGAGCAUAGUCGAAAGGGAGAGAAAGUUGCAAGUGUGCGUGUCCAGGAGAUAGCGCAAGGAAGUGGAAGUACAAGUGUUCAUGCAGACGUGAACAUAGAAAAGAGUGUUGAGAUCACAUGUGGUGCCGAUACAAGACCUAAACGAAAUGCAAGAUCUCCAGACAGAUAUACACCAGCAGAGAAUGUGGUGGCUGCAAAGAGGAGACGGAAAGAAAGAGCGAGAAAAAGUGAGGAGGACCACUUUUUACCGGCUAGAAAGUAUGGACCAUUUGCAGAAAACCCAACUGAAUCUCCACCGGAAGAAGAAGUACGGAAGUUAGAAACUUAUCUUCAAGUUGGACUAUUGAAGAGGGCAACAAAGGAAGCAGGUGGCAGAAGAUACCGCAAAGAUGAGGACAACAUGAGAGGCGUACCAUUUAUUCUGGAUAUGGCAAAGAUAGAAUCAAAAACAUGGU